GUAGUAUAUGUGCCUAGGUAUGUAAAUAAAGUAAGAUGCCGAGCCAAACUACCUGCCCGAAAACGUGGGAUGGGGCCUAGCAGCAUUGGCGAAGGACGGCUCGGACAGGAAUAGUAAGCCGGGCUUUCCUAGCUGGCGGCGUGUUUCUGGGAGAGGAGCAGAAACAAAAUACCGCGGUAGAGGCGCCAGUUUUUAGGCAACAACUUUGGAAUCGAAUAUUGUGAUGCGAGUAUGUAGAGGAGUCCCCGGCGUGUCUGGGAAUAGCAGCACGGUAGGUAUUAGGUGGAUAGUGGGAGUUGUUUGCUUGGGCUUGGCUGGCUCGAUUAGCUGGCGUGCUGGAGCGCUACAUGAGAUGGGGGCGCUUCGUCGUGUUCGAUUAGGGGUAUUUAAGAAUUGUGGUUGCCCCCGGGAGACGGAUUAUUCUGUUGUUGAUUAGCUUGUUAUUAAGCUUGAUAUUCUAUCAUGAAGCAGAGCAUUUUGUACGCCAUGGUCGCCGGCCUCGUGGCGGCUCUUCCUCAGCCUGGUUUUGGUUCCAUCGAACUCGAAAACAUAACGCUCUCCGAAUUCGAAACCAACGACCUCGUCUCCCGUGGUAAGGGUCCGUGGAACGGCCCAGUCAUUGACAUCAGCUUCCCGGACCCGACGCUACUCAUCGACGGCAAUAUAUGGUGGGCGUACGCGACAUCAAGCGAUAACAACGGACACAUACCGAUGGCCGUCUCCAACGACGGCAACAAGUGGACCUGGACCACGAUGGACGCCAUGCCCGACGUCGGGUCUUGGAUCGACCCCAAGAACAAGGGUAUCUGGGCCCCGAGCGUGUUCAAGAACGACAAUGGGAAGUACGUCAUGUACUUCUCCGGCCAACGAAACGGCGGCCGUCGCUGCGCAGGCGUCGCAACGGCGGACCACGCGCAGGGCCCGUUCAGAGUGACUUCGCAACCCCUAAUCUGCGACGACGCGGGCGGCGGGAUCAUCGACCCGGUGCAGUUCGACGACGGCAAGUACCGGCUAUGUAUAAGCGUAAGCCGGGGUCUUAUGUCCUCUUCUUCAGCACGCACUGCUACAGCAGCGACAGCUACGACAUCCAGUACGCGUGGGCCACCAAACCCGACGGAGACUUCGUACACCGGAAGACGCUCGCCCGCUCCGGCCCCAACCAGCCGAUCUACGGCCCGGGCCACAUGGACAUCGCUUCGGACGGGAAGACGAUCGCGUUCCACGGCCGGGACAAGCCGGGUAACCCCAAGGAUACCAAGCGCCGCAUGUACAUCGGCAAGAUCAAGUUUCCUGAGGGUGAUUAUAGCGAGGGUAUUAAGGUGCUUAAUUACCAGGGUUAAGGAGAGGUGAGAGUUUCGUCGUAUAUAUAAAUUUCGGGUCUGUAUAUAACCACCUGUGAUAUCCUGUAUAUACCAGCGGGUCUAGCUAAUCCACAUAUAAAUCACAAUAUAUUUAC